ACUAAAAUACAAUUCUUGGCAGAUAAAAUCAGUUAAGGUUUAAAAUGGUUAUUACACUUUAUCAUGCUAAAAUCAGUCCGCCAAGCAGAGGCGUUCUGAUGACCAUCAGAGCACUGGGACUUAAUUGUGAAAUUAAAGAAAUUUCCCUUUUUACUGGCGAGCAGUAUGGAGACGAAUACAAAAAAAUCAAUCCGAGGUCGAAAGUUCCAGCGCUGGUAGAUGGUGAUAUUACUGUGUGUGAAAGUCGCGCCAUUGCUUGUUACUUGUGCAACAAAUAUGCGAAAGGUGACAAGGCUUCAUUAUAUCCAAGCGAUGCUAAUGCGAGGGCAAUUGUUGACAUGCAACUUUAUGCUGGUGAAUGGGCGGCACAAAAUUACUUGACAUACCUCAAUCCCGCCGGAGUUUUCAGAAGAGGGGAAAAACCAAAAUAUGAAACAGAGCCACAAGUAAAAGAUUCUCUGACGUAUACAGAAAAUCUUUUGAAAAAACACAAGUUUAUUGCUGGCGACAAUCUUACUAUUGCAGAUUUCUUUUCGUUUACGGACGUUUUAUUUUUGGAUCUGGUGAAUUUUUCCCUUGAUGAUUUCCCUCUCGUUAAAGCCUGGAUGCAAAAUAUUAAAAGUUUAUUAUACACCAGCGAAGUUAACGACGAGGGGUUAAAACUCGGAAAAGAUGGUUUUGAAGCGAAAUUGAACCCACCAAAAGAAACUGGGUUUUAAAGCAAAUGUAUCUUAUGUAUGUAGCAAAGUAAAUAUAUAAAUUGUAGAAAUGCUGCAUACCGUUGUGUCAAUUUCAAAUUAAUUCUCAAAAUAAUGUUAAUUCACUCAAUACACGAUAAACAAUUUGUUUGUGGGUUUUUAUUUGUUGAAUAAGUAACACUGUACAUCGCCGACGAACAAAAAAAGCAUACGCGGUGUACCAAAGUGUACGGGUAGCGGGUUAUUAAUUAAAUACACACAGGAGAGCACAGUGUAAACAUUGUAGCCAAUAGAAGUAAAUUUUACUGUAGUAUGCAUAUGUCAAUCAAAUACGAUUUGUCUUAUGAAAAGUUUUGUAAG